AGCAACUAUACGUAUGCAGUAGGCCUGAAAAUGAGAUGUGGAAUAGAUUGAAGUAUACUUAAAACAUAAGAGAUGCUUCUCAAUAGCGUGCUGCCAGCUCAGCAAGCACGUGCUUCGUCCCAACAAACCGCGUUCCAUCUGAACAAGGUAUUCCCAUCGUCUAUGUGAGGGCGCAGCACCUGCGGCCUUACAGUGCUGCAGGUACUUUGCAAACAACCGUGGUCACAAGGAACAAGUGAUUGAGUAGCGAUGUCACUUCCCAUAAGCUGCUCGAUCUCAAUGUCAGCCUCCACAAGAUGACGACAACGACAAUGCACUCGAAGAGCUGCUGAACCUUAAUGAGUCACCUCAGGAUGACGACGGCGAUGACAACGCCAAAGGGAUGUCAACCCUUGAUGACAGGUCACUCCCUCAAGGUAACGAAAAGACCUCGCCUAGCUGUGCAGUUCAGAUGCUACCGGUUUACCAGCCUGAACGUGGCAUCUAUGGACCCGGGACGUAUCUGAUGACUUCGCAAGCCGAAGAUACCUGCACCAGUCCUCAAGAAGACGACGACAAGUUCUGUGUUCCAGAUCUCAUAUUGUAGAUAGCUAGCAACGUCCCGUGCAACUUCUUCAAAUUUGUC